AUGCUGGUGACAGAAGAGGUGUGUGCUCCAGCAGUCCCAGGAGCCACCAUGGCCCAGGAGCCCCGGCAGACGGAUUUCCAGCUGGUGAGAGUCAAGAGCACGUGGAGCCGCAUCAAGAAAGGAGAAGCCCUUUGCAACGAUGAGGACGAGAUCACUCACUCUGAGGCAAAAAUAGGCGAGUACAUCUCCAAAGAUGGGAUUUCCUGGAUAAUUGAAGCUCCCAUCUAUUUUUGUUACAAAGUGGUAGAAACAUACAACAUUCUGGAACCCUCCAACACCACUCUGCUCUGGGGUCACAUCACUGACCCCCAGCAAACAGAGCUCGCCACCACCAGCAAGAGGAAACUGCGGCGCUUCAUCGUCAUCGACGAGGUCGUUGACAAACUUUACGGCUCCAAAGUCAGAGAGUACUUCGAAAAGAACAAUGUCCAGCACAAAAUCCUCGCCCUGCCGACCACCGAAGAAACAAAAUCCAUGGAGCUGGUGCUGAACAUCCUGCACGAGGUGCAGAGCUUCAGCCUGGACCGGCGGACGGAGCCCAUCAUCGCCAUCGGCGGCGGCGUGUGCCUGGACAUCGUCGGCCUCGCCGCGUCGCUCUACCGGAGACGCACGCCCUACAUUCGUGUCCCCACCACCCUCCUCUCCUACGUGGAUGCCAGCGUGGGGGCAAAGAAUGGGGUGAACUUUCUGCAGUGUAAGAACAAGCUCGGGGGCUACACACCUCCUGUGGCGAGUUUCCUGGAUAGAUCCUUCAUCCAGAGCAUCCCCCGGCGACACAUCUCCAACGGCCUCGGGGAAAUUUUAAAGAUGGCCCUCAUGAAACACAAAGGGCUGUUUGACCUGCUCAAGAACCAUGGCAAGCACCUACUGGACACAAAGUUCCAGUCCUGCAAUGGCUUUGCUGACCACAGGGACGCUGCACUGCAGACUACCAGGAUUGCCAUUGAAACCAUGCUGGAAGAGCUGGCUCCCAACCUCUGGGAGGAUGACCUGGACAGACUGGUUGAUUUUGGUCACCUUAUUAGCCCAGAGCUGGAAAUGAGGGUCCUGCCGUCGCUGAUGCACGGGGAGGCCGUGAACAUCGACAUGGCCUUCAUGACCUACGUGGCGCACGCGCGGGGCCUGCUGGGCGCGCAGGACAAGGAGCAGAUCCUGCAGUGCAUGCGGGGCCUGGAGCUGCCGCUCUGGCACCGCGGCUGCAGCUGGGCCCUGAUCCAGAGCGCGCUGCGGGAGCGCCUCCGGCACGGCGGGGGACAGCUGCGGAUGCCGCUGCCCACCGGCCUCGGCACGGCAGACAUAUUCAACGACACCAGCGAAGAGACCCUGGAAAGAGCAUAUGAGCUGUGGGUCAAGGACUGCCAGACAGUGCUGGAGGAGGAGCUGCAAGCCCAAGGUGAUGGCCCUGUCCCAGGCCUGAGCUGUUUGUCACUGUAAGGUAAUGGGCAGAACUGAAUCCUGAACAAGAUCAAUCCAGAAGCACCCGUGAAACUGCACCCACCAGAGCUGCAUGGAACAAGGAGAAUAUUGGCAUCUGAUGUGAUAUACCUUUUCCCAUUUCUUUACUUGAAAGGGAAUCCAUUAUUGCUGAAGAAGUGAAACCACCAAGUGCCUGUAGUGUAGCUCAUAGCGAACAGCCUUCUUUCAAGGAAAGUGAGCAGGAUUACUCAUUUAUUUAGUUAAUCCAAGCUGGUAACUGCCAUGGCCUUUGCCACUGGUAUCCCACCUUGCUUGUGCUUGGAGCCCUGACAUGAGCAGGUGUAGCUGACUCAUAGACCACGUUAUGGCACCAUGCAAAAUUUCUAUGUUAUUUAAAAUAUUUCAAGUAGGUUAUAGCCUUCACUGGUCCUUCUUUUCUUCUUGGUGUUCUUGUUUUCUCUCACUCAAAAGAGCAAAACAAAGAAGCUCAUCUGCCAGCCUUUGCACCCAGUGUAAGGGAAUGACACACUCUGGUUAGAGGCACCACCACAAGGCACAGAUCAGUAAAUAUCACUGCUGGGCAGCACAUGGGGGCUGUCUCUGGGCAGUAUGGCAGCCUUUUCUCUUGGGACAAAGAUAUUUGGGACAUGCUGGCAAGUCUCCUUGUGCUGCCCAAAUAUUUGUGGUGUUUCCCUUUGUAAGCUCUUUAAGCCACCUGUGUGACAAACAGGGCACAAUUUGCAGCACUGCUGACUAAGAACAAGGUUGGGCACCUGGAAAUUGUGCAGAAGCCCCUGGUGUCCCCACAACUGCCAUAGGGCUCCUCAUACCUGUCAGACCCUGGCUCCUUUCCCAUCUCUACCUUUCAUGGUUAGGUAAGGCCAGCUGGGGAAAAACAAGAGAAAUUAGAGGACUCCAGGCAAGUUCAUAAUCAUCAAGCAGCCUCAGUGUCAUGUCUCAGGAUCCUGGCAGACUCAGAGCAGAUUAUAUAAUGGAUGCUAAUGGUGAAAAACGUAAAAGGAAUGCCAUCCUUCUCCCUGGAGGUCCAAUCAAAGGAAUUGCAAUCAACAAACAGCCUUUCAAUUAUUUACAACAUUAUUUGUUUUUUCCCCACACCAGUUUGUGCUGAUGUGCUGGCUUCUGUUUUGCUAAAGUAAUAAAAGCUACUAAAACUG